AUGGCGACGCAGGAGGUAUUCUCCAAUACCCUACAGUACCUCCAAUCAAAGGAUCAGGAGAUGCUGUAUAAGGCUCCUCGAACCACCUUCCCACGGCCUUCGUCCGACACGACAGAGAUCAUGGACACCGAUUUCGACUCAGAUUCAACAGAAGGAUACAUCGACAAUUCGCCCCGAAGGAGUCUUCGAUCGUUUGGGACUGCAAGUGUCACUACUGCCUCCACGCCAGAUGAUGUAAAGACACCUGAUUCAACUGGGCUCAAUGCCUUCCACUUUCACAUCGACGAGAAUGAGAAGCCCAUUGCUGGUCCAAUGGGUCCUCAUCUUUUCCGCCUCUCAAAGGACUCCAUAGAUCUCAGAUCUUCCUUCGAAGUUGACUUGGUCUUUCAAGAUACUCCUAUCAGUGCCACAACUCCCUUGUACACGUCCGCAUCGAAGCUUGGUCCUGACAGGAGGGACACUCCUGUCCCUGGACACAGUCUACCCUUGCGAAAAAGCAAGUCUCAGUCUACUAUUGGAAAUCAGGCGAAAGAAGCUUCAAAUGCAAACAUUGCAAGCUGGACUCCACAGGAUGUUGUGGCAUGGAUGCAGAAUCUAAGUUUCGACAGCGAACUUGUUGAGAAGUUCUUCAUCAACGACAUUUCCGGGGCAAUUCUUUUGGAGCUCCAAUCAGAGGACCUGAAAGAGCUUGGUGUUCAAUCAUUCGGCAAACGCCAUCAGUUGAUGAGCUCCAUCCGCCAGUUACGCAAUAGCGUCGAUAUUCGCCCCGCCGACGUGCAAAUUCCCGUGCAGUCGGAUCCGGUAUCUCGGGAAGCAACGCCGCACACCACAAUGGCUGAUGUCGGCACAAGCUGCCCUAGCUCUGAGACCGACGAGGAGAAGUCUGGGCGGAAGUCAAAGGAACACAGCCGCCGCCGUCACCGUCGCCGCCCUCGGGAGCUCAUCGUCCCUGAGGAUUCGGUCUCCAUUGUUGGCAUUGAGCAGGUAAUGCCAAAGCUCCAUAUGUGUUCGAAGGGUGAGGAUUGCCGCAAGUGGCAAAAGCAGCAAGCCAAGCUCGCCCGUCUUGCCAAAGACCUUCCAGUUGAAUCAUUUGGAGGCUCUGUGAUUGUGACCGGCGAUCCAGGCAAUGCCACCACUGCUCGCAACCUGGUGAAGAGUCCCAAGUCAGAAAUCACCCCUUCCCUUAUUGCAUCCUCGGAUGCCCUAGGCCAAAAUCCAAGCACCGAUAUUCCCUUGUCCAAGGAGAUGCUUCAUGGUGUCCAGCCACGGGAUCCUCAGGAAAAUGUUCGCCACUUCCUCAAUUUCCAACGAUUGAGUCGUCUGCAGCCUGCAAACGACCCUGCAACUCCACCGAGAGAAACCUUCCCUUCUCCAGAGGCGGAUUCCCCUGGGACUUUGGCGGAAAAUCUGCGCCAUCUUCCCAAGCUUCGAAUUCCUAGCACCCAUGCUUCGUGGCGAAGCUCAAACCUUUCUCCCAAUUUGUCGGCACAGCGAACAGUUACGCCGUCCAUUGCCCGAAACAAACCAUCAUUCCCGAACUGCAUUCCGGACCGGGUCCAAAACGAGCUCUCUACUGCCUUCUCCCCUGCAGACUUCUAUCGUCAAGAUCCUCGCUAUGGACAGUCGACACCAUUGUCCGAAAUGGAUGUUCCUCUCACCGCGAUCCCCGUCGGCCCUGUCGAGCGAAUGUUAUCUCAAUCAGUUCCUCCCGACAUGCGGUUUGGAAAUAAUCAGGAAGACCCAAUCCCACGCCCGACUUCUACAAAGGUUGAGAAUCACCGACGCCACAACAGCUCUCAGCCUGCUCUGACUCGUCUAGACGAGGGCCAGGCACUACGACCAAUUGAAACCCCGGAAGAUCUCGAGCGUACCCCUCGCGCUGGGCCCGGUCGUGUGCACCCAUUUGACCGGUCUGGAAAGCCAUCUAGCGACAUCAGCCAUAGUGGGUGGAUGAAGAAGCGCAAGACUACUCGGCUCCUUCGUCAUGAGUGGGAAGAACACCACUUCGCUCUACGAGGCACCCAGCUUUCAAUGUACUCCGACGAGGAGGACACUCGCCGUAACUCCAAAGCAUUGGAGCACAUUGACGUCGAUGACUACGCUGUUGCUUGCUCAUCGCUCGCAUCAAGCUCAAAGCUCACUGCGGCGUUCAAGAAAACAGUUCUGAAGCGCAAGGACGAUACCCGUGGAGAUACUGCUUUUGCAUUCUCUCUCAUCCCAUCGCCCAGCAAUGGCUCUUCCGGCAUUGACCGAAAGUCUCUCUUCACUGCUGGCGGAAAGUCUCACCAUUUCGCUGUGAAGACUCGCGACGAGCGCAUUGGCUGGAUGCGCGAGGUCAUGAUUGCCCGAGCUCUCAAAAGAGGGAUUGAUAGCGGUGCUGCCAUCAAAGUGAAUGGCAACCCUAUCUAA